GCCAGCCUGACUUGCUUGUCACUAUACGUGUUCCAACCGACAUUCACUCGGAUUUCUCAACAUGAAUCCAAAGGGCAGCAGUGCAACUGCACUACGACGAUUAAUGACCGAGUACAGGCAAUUGACCUCUGGAGGCUCGCCCGAUGGAAUGUUCACAGCAGGUCCAAUCUCAGAGUCGGACUUCUUCACUUGGGAAGCGCUUAUCUCUGGUCCAGAAGGCACGCCAUUUGAGGGUGGCGUUUUUGUCGCUAAGCUCACUUUUCCUCAGGACUAUCCGCUAUCGCCUUUCAAGAUGAAAUUCGACCCUCCCUUAUUCCAUCCGAACAUUUAUCCGGAUGGAAACGUUUGUAUUUCGAUCCUCCACACCCCCGGAGAUGAUCCUACCAUGUAUGAACAAGCAUCUGAGAGAUGGAGCCCUGUCCAGAGCGUGGAGAAGGUGAUCUUGAGUGUCAUUUCCAUGCUUGCCGAACCCAAUUUGGAGAGUGGAGCUAACAUCGACUGUUGCAAGUUGUAUCGGGAGAACAAACCGGUGAGCGCUGAAUCGUAUCACGCCACACUCUUGUCUCAUGAACAUGACCCUUUCACAAAGGAGUAUGAAAGGCUGGUCAGAGUGUCGAUUAGGCAACAGCUAGGUGUAUGAGUACCGUGAUAUGUAACACUAGAAUAAAAUACGUUGCCAGCACGUUCCUUGGAUGCAGUAAUUCGCUGAACUAAUCUACU